GAAAAUUUGGCGGGUGGUGCGACAUAUUAUGGCCCGUUGCCCCUAAUAUCUUGUCCUGAGCAUCUCCAUUCUAACCAUACUUGCAAAAUACCCUAAUAUUAUUUGCCUCUCUCUCUCCUCUUUGCCUCACUCUCGCCUCUUUCCUCAACGAAACAGUAGCCGCUCCUCUCCAAUCGGACCCUCGCCGCUCCUCUCCGACCACUGUGAACCCCCCACAGUCGCUCCUCCACUCGGCGCUCAUCUACGACCACCGCGAACCCCCCACAGUCGCUCCUCCACUAGCCGCUCGUCUCCGACUACCGCAAAACCCCCACAGUCGCUCCUCCAAAGAGAGCUCCGACUUAGGAGCCCUGGGAAACUAUCCUGGUUCUCCUUUUCUUCCAUCCGAUUCUGACAUCUUAUUAGACUCUCCAGAGCCGGAGGAUAUAGUUGAGGACUUCUUCGCCGAUUCUGUCCCAAAUUGAAGAUGCCGAUCGAUAAGAGUUGGACGACAUUAAGGAAUCGUAACUGUGAUGCUUAUUGGAACGGUCUCCAAGCCUUCUUGAAAAUGGCAAAAGAACAUGUAGAUUGCGACGGGAGAGUUUUAUGCCCGUGCGUGAGGUGCCUAAAUGUUAAACUACAAACUAUAGAUACGGUGGAGGCUCAUAUCUUUGACAAGGGUUUUCAACAGAAUUAUCAAAAGUGGGUUUACCACGGUGAGGUGGAAGUUGGUGUCGCCAAUAAGGUAGUUGAGGAGAAUGAAGAUGUAGACGAUUUCAUCUCAACGACAAAUGCAGAGGAAGCAGAUGGUGUGUCUGGCAGUCGAAUGAGACAGUAUUAUGACGAGUUGUUCGACGAGAUUGAAGCUGAGUUGUAUCCGGGUUGUGAUUGGAUAUCAUCCUCAAACUUUUUGGUGAAGUUGAUGCAUUUGAAAGUUAGGGGGAAGUGGCCAAAUGACUCUUUCGAUGAAUUGUUGAAGUUACUAAAAUUUGCAUUUCCGAAAAAUAAUAAAAUUCCCCCAACACACUACGAAGUGAAAAAGAAGCUGAGUAACUCUUUCGUGAAUGACGAUGCUCGCAAAGAUUAUGAAAAACUAAAGGCUGAUUUUGAGUUACAAACCCAGCAAACAUCCAUUUGUGCAUCCAAUAAUGGUGAUUCGACAACAGUUGAUCAGGUGGAGGUACUACAAAAAGUAUUGGGCCAAAGGCAUGGACAUGAGCGAGGAGUGGGCUGCAAAUUGAAGGGGUCGGGGUCAUCAUCGACCCAGCACUCUCACUUUAGCGAGUCUCAAGCUCCUCCUCAUCAUUCAAGAGAAUAUAUAGAAAAAUUGGAGAAUAAUCUACAAAAAUUGACUGACCAAGUUAAUUUCUUAUCUCAAUCUUUUCUACCUUCAUUUCGUCCACCAAACGUUCAGAUGCCGCCUAUGCCUCAUAGCGAAAAUAUUUUUGGAGCUUCGUCUUCUCAACCUCCAGUUCCAACCCAUCCUUCCACGUGCGGGGUAUUGCCGUUUCAACAUAUGGUACCUCCAUACAUGUACGGAGCAACACCUUAUCCGUGGCCAAUUCCACCGUCAUCGCAGCCGUCGUAUCCCUACAUGUAUGGAGUUGGAUCGUCCACAUUACCUCUCCAAUAUCCUUGGCCGAUGUCGCCACCGCAGCAACCACAACCGCAACAAGAAGACAAUAGGGAGGACGAGGCAGUUGAUUUAGGAGAUUAAGUUUAUUUUAUUAUUAAUUAUUGUUAAAUUAUAUGAACUGUAUAAAUAUUUGUUAUCUUAAUGUAUUAUGAAUAAUUGUUAUCUUAUUAAACUAAUUUGAAUAUUUAAUAUAAUAUUUUUUAUUUUUAA